AUGAAGUUACGGACAGAGUAGUUGGGAAGCGGUACAAAACAGUAAUAAUAAUACAAUACGGAGGACUCUCGCUUUUCUAGUUUUCUCGCUCGCUCGCGCUUCCAAUUUCAAUUUUGCUUUCUCUCUCCUCCCGCUUCUCUGCUUCUUCUUCUUCUUCUUCAUCCCCUUGUUUUACACCAUGAGCUCCGAUGGCGGCUCCUCUAGGGUUUCGAUUCCCCACCAUCUCCGCAAAACCCUUCAGAGCAUCAGAGAGAUUACUGGCAAACAACACUCCGACGAGGAUAUCUUCGCUGUCUAUAAGGAUUCCUUCAAUGAUCCUGACGAGACCGCUCAGAAGCUCCUCUUUUUAGAUACGUUUCAUGAGGUGAAAAGUAAAAAGGAGAAAAGGAAAGAGAAUAUAGUGCCAAUUAUCCAAGCAAGUGGCAGAGGUGGUCGGAGGAACUUUGCUUCUAGUAACACUUAUCAAGGCAAUGGAAGAAGUGCAUCUUUUAAAAGGGCAAAUGGAGCUAAUCAUGCAACAGGAGGUUCUAGAACUGCUCUACCUGCCACUAACAAAGCAGGGAACAUCGCUGUACCUACUGAAAUUAAGGAUUCUGAUGCUACUAGUCUUCCGAGUAAAGUCAGCAAUCAUAAAGUUCAAGAUGAUGUUUCUUUGAUAUCUACAUCUCAUUGCAGUAGCCAGUCAGUCACAGAAAUUGAGACUGUGUUCAAUAAAGGCAAAACUCAUUCGCUUCCCAAGUCAGAUGCUAGCGAACGAUGUCACGUAACAUUUCCUUUCCACCUUCAGGAUGCCAAAGCACUGCAAAAUGGUCUGACAUUUGGCAGUUUUGAUUCCAAUUUUGUGAACGAGGUAUCUUCUACCAAUGGUGCUAGUGGCGGAGGUGACUCAAAUUUGGAGUCGUCUCAUGGGACAGGGGAUGGUGAGAGAGAACCUUCUCCCACUUCCAAUGGUGUUCCUGGGGUUGCUUCUGCCAGAGAAGAAGCAUCAACUUUUUCUGAAGAUAAGGAUCAUGAAAUUUCAAAUUUGGCACCUGAAGCUGAGCUGAUUGUGCACUCCGAUCACAAUGUCCCACCUGUAGAAGAAGUAUUAAAGGAGGAAGAUUUAUCAAACACACAAACUCAUCAAAUUGCUUAUGGUCAACAAGCUCCACUCAGUAUGUUUGGUCUUGUCCCCUCUAUAUCUGCAUUAGGCCAACAUUUAAACACAGAAGCAGCAGAGACUCAGACCGGAAAUUCCAAUGCUGCAGCUAUUGCAUUAGUAUCCUAUCCUCCAGACCAGGGUUCCAUUGCAGCAGCCUCUCAACAGGCAAAUCUUUAUAGGCAGCAAUACCCUCCCAAUUUUUUCCCUUACGGUCCAUAUUACUCACCGUAUUAUAUGCCACCGCCAUACAUUCACCAAUUUGUGAGCCCAAAUGGGAUCCCUCAGCAGUCUUAUUUCCCACCAGGAGCUGCUCUAACAGCACCUUCUCAUGUAGGACCAGUAGGCAACACCGAAAAUCCUUCCCAGGCAAACCUAUCCCUACACGCUUCUCCCACGGUUGCAACACAAAUCCCAACUGCAACCGCCUUAAAUUCUAUCCAUAGUGAAGAAAAUGCAUCACCCAUGACUGAAAGUGCAGCUCCAUGGAUUGGGCAGGGAUUUGGCAACCUGCAGGUAAAUCCAAUGUAUAACUUAGCACUCCAAGGUCAGCCACUCAGUUUUCCAGUCGUGCAGGGUGGUCAUGGCGGCCUCAUGGGAAUACACCAGCCAACACUGCCCAUGACCGCUGCUGCUUCAACUACAUAUCAGACCUUACCGCCAGGGCCACACACAACAACGUCUAUGGCUGAACCCAUAGGAAACCCGCACAUCACUUAUCAGCAACAUCAAGCUGCCCUAACAAAUUGGGUCAACAACUAUUAGGUCAAGGGUCAAGGGAAGCAGCUAUAAAGUUUCACAUCAAACAAGUAAAAGAGAUGUUAAAGUCUGGAUUUUUGGGUGUAAAUACUUAGGAACAAUCAUCCCCAGAGAAAGUUAGGUUGGCAAUUACAAAAGGAAAAAGAUGUGCAUCAAAAUAGCAAACCUUUUGCCCUACUUUUUGUUGUUGUGAGACUACAGAAAAUACAUAAAAAUGUUUGGGAAUAUCCCUAUGGAAUAGAUUUGUGAAGAUGGCAUGGCCGCCUCUCUAUAUUCA